AUGGCAGACGAUCAAGGCUGUGGUGCAGAGCAGGCAGCUGGGGACGCAGGCAGCCCAGAUGCAGUUGAUGCUAAGCCAGACCGGUCUUCCUUUGUCCCAUCACUCUUCAGUAAGAAGAAGAAAAAUGACGUGGGGAAAUCAAUCAAGACUGCCCAGGACCAAGUGCUUACAUAUCAGUAUAACAUGAAUUUUGAGAAGGUGGGCAAAUGCAUCAUAAUAAACAACAAGAACUUCGACCAAAAGACAGGUAUGAACGUCCGAAACGGAACAGACAAAGAUGCUGAGGCCCUUUUCAGGUGCUUCAGAAACCUGGGCUUUGAUGUGGUCGUCCAUAAUGACUGUUCUUGUGCCAAGAUGCAAGAUCUGCUGAAGCAAGCCUCUGAAGAGGACCACAGAAAUUCUGCUUGCUUCGCCUGCAUCUUACUAAGCCACGGAGAAGAAAAUUUCAUUUAUGGAACAGAUGGCAUGACAGCAAUAAAGGACUUGACCUCCCAUUUUAGGGGGGACAGAUGCAGAAGCCUUCUAGAGAAACCCAAACUCUUCUUCAUUCAGGCUUGCCGGGGGACAGAGCUCGAUGAUGGGGUCCAGGCUGACUCGGGGCCAAUCGAUGACACAGAUGCCAAUCCUCGAUAUAAGAUCCCCGUUGAAGCCGACUUUCUCUUCGCCUAUUCUACAGUUCCAGGCUAUUACUCAUGGAGGAGCCCAGGCAGCGGGUCCUGGUUUGUGCAGGCCUUGUGCUCCACCCUGAACGAGCAUGGCAAGAGCCUGGAGAUCUUGCAUAUCCUCACCAGGGUGAACAACAGGGUGGCCAGGCACUUCGAGUCCCAGUGUGAUGACCCCCACUUCCACGAGAAGAAGCAGAUCCCGUGUGUGGUCUCCAUGCUUACCAAGGAGCUCUACUUCUGAAAAAUUAACCAUUUCAGGGAUGCGUUUGAGCUGAAAAGCUACGGAUCAUUUGUUCAUGAGUC